AGGAAGGUUCCUUUCUUUCCUUUCUCCAUCUCCCUCACUUGACUUAACGUCUCUCUCUUCCUCUCUUCACGCCAUCUCCGUUGGCCGUCGCCGCCUCAGAGGAGAGAUCUGGCAUUAACGACGUCGUUGAUUCUGUGUGAGUAAGUCAUAGCUCGUCAUCGUCAUCUGCUACCUAAUUCUUCAAUUUUUGCCGUCAGAUGGAUAGUAGAGCUAAGCAGAUCAGUUUACUUGAUGGAAAGAUUGACAACUACGAUGGCGUUACGGUAAACAUGGAAGAACCCAUGAGUGCUGAGGUUUUUACACAACGGCUUAGGGCUUCUCUUUCGCAUUGGAGAGACGAGGGUAAGAAAGGAAUUUGGAUAAAGCUGCCUAUUCAAUUAGCCAAUCUUGUGGAGGCUGCAGUUACAGAAGGGUUUAGAUAUCACCACGCCGAGCCUGAUUACUUGAUGCUUGUAUCUUGGAUCUCUCCCAGUCUUGAUACCAUCCCAGCCAAUGCUUCUCAUGUUGUAGGUGUUGGUGCUUUGGUCUUCAACAAGAAGACUGCCAAAGUCCUCGUAGUCCAGGAAAGAGGUGGUCGUUUCAGAGGUACUAAUGUGUGGAAGCUACCUACCGGUGUUAUCAACGAGGGUGAAGAUAUCUGUGAUGGAGUAGUUAGGGAACUGGAAGAAGAAACUGGAAUUAUUGCAGAAUUUGUUGAAGUGUUGUCUUUCAGACAAAGCCACAACGCAUUCUUGAAAAAGAAAUCGGAUCUGUUUUUCUUGUGUGUCUUAACUCCGCUCUCCUAUGAAAUCACUAAACAAAACUCUGAGAUCUUGGACGCUAAGUGGAUGCCGGUACAAGAAUACAUAGACCAACCGUUUAACCAGAAGAACGAAAUGUUCAAGUUCAUGGCUAAUAUCAGCCAAAAGAAAUGUGAGGAAGAUUACUUGGGAUUCUCCAUUGUGCCAACUAGCACAUCAUCUGGUAAAAAGAGCUUUCUCUACUGCAAUGCUGAUCACGCCAAUCGCCUUAAAGCAUCGCGUGACCAAGCCUCCACUUCUCUCUGAUAACAUGCCAUCUCAUUCUGUUUGAACUCGUAGUCUUUUUAUUCUAUUUUCAGUUAUUGCUUCCUUCUCCCAAUGCUUAAGUGCUUUUUAUAGAUAUACUCCGCUUGGUUUAUUUUUCAACCGUAACCUGAUUUAAAUUCUCAGUUGUAUUCUUGCCCAAGUGCACUACACACUGGUGAUAAAAUGUAGAAUCUAAAAAGUGUUAAGGCCUUUCAAGGGUGCUAUUAUAUAA